AUGGCAGCUGGGGGGGAACCUAAUCGUGGGACGGGAUCAGUGUCUCACACCUUCCAGAGGGUGUACGGGUGCGAUGUGGGACCAGACUGGCGCCUCCUCCGUGGGUACUGGCAGUACGCCUAUGAAGGCACCGAUUACAUUGCUCUGAAUGAGGACCUACGCUCCUGGACCGUGGCAGACACGGCAGCUCAGAUCACCCAGCGCAAGUGGGAGGCCGAGGGAGUGACGGAGACAAACAGGGCCUUCCUGGAAUGGGAGUGCUUGGAGACACUCCGCAAGCACCUGGAGAACGGGAAGGAGACGCUGCAGCGCACAGAUCUCCCAUUGACACAUAUCACCCACCACCCCAUCUCUGACCAUGAGGUCACCCUGAGGUGCUGGGCUCUGGGGUUCUACCCUGCGGAGAUCACCCUCACUUGGCAACGGGAUGGGGAGGACCAAACCCAGGAAAUGGAGCUUGUGGAGACCAGGCCUGCAGGGGAUGGAAAAUUCCAGAAAUGGGCAGCUGUGGUGGUAUCUUCUGGAGAAGAGCAGAGAUACACGUGCCAUGUGCAGCAUGAGGGGUUGCCUGAGCCCCUCAUCCUGAAAUGAGGUAAGGAGGGGAUGAGGGCACAGGGCCUGUGGUCAGGAAAACAGGAGCCAUUCUUUGGAGACCCUCAGCAGGGUCAGAGCUGAAAACUGAGAGCCAGGGUCACUUAUCCUCCCUUCCUUUCCCAGAGAGGUCUCCCCAGUUCUCCAUCACCUUUGUGGUAAUGGUUGCUGGCCUGGUUCUCCUUGGAGCUGUUGCUGCUGUUAUGAUGUGGAGGAAGAAGAACUCAGGUAGGGUAAGGGUGAGGUCUCAGUUUUCUUUCCCAGUGAGGAUUCCAAGCCCCAGGUAGUUUUUCUUGACUUUUUAACUAAGAAGGGUUUGACCCACAAAAGACAUGAUACUGAAAGCCAUAAUCUCAAAUGUUUAAAUCUCCAAAAGAUUAAAACUCCAAAACUAUAAGUCUGGGGAAAAAAUUUAAUUUUAAUUCACUGAAAGAUAUUUAUUAGCAUUUUCAAAAGGGAUUUAUUUUAGAGACAUGACAGAACAUGUCAGAAACUACUUUACACCAUUAAAUAUGCAAUAACAUAUUUUUGAAUGAAUAAAUGUGCAGCUAUACUAACAACAUUUGCACAAGUAUAACAAUUAUGAGCAGAUGAACCAUAUUCCUAAAUAGGUGAACAAGCAAAAUGUGUGAAUACCUAUCACUAUAGUUAGUAACUGUGUAUCCCAGUAUUAUGCCUGCAGUAAUCUGAAAUACUGUAUUAGACAACCUAAAUCUUUUGACAAGGUAAAUGAGAAUGCACAAGAAAUCACCAUCAAAUAUGCAGUUAUCAAAA